AUGCUCAUGAAGCCACCACCAUCAGAUCUUCCAAUUUAUUCCUUCUCAUCCGCCAAAGACUUCGAGGCUUUUCUCGAACGAGAGCAUUCGACCGCCGUUGGAUUCUACCUAAAGCUGGCCAAGAAAUCUUCAGGCAUUCCAUCAAUUUCGGCGCCAGAAGCUGUAGAGGUCGCAUUAUGCUUUGGAUGGAUCGACGGCCGGGGUAAUCGGUACGACAAGGACUGGUGGUUAGUACGAUAUACCCCACGUCGGCCAAAAAGUAUCUGGUCGCAGAAGAAUACGAAGACAGCGGAACAAUUGAUCGAACAAGGUCGAAUGCGCCCCAAUGGUAUGGCUGCCGUGGAAGCUGCCAAGAGCGACGGUCGUUGGGCGCGGGCUUACGCUGGAGCUGCCACGAUGACUGUUCCCGACGAUUUUGCUAAGGCUCUUGCUGCGGAUACAGCUGCCACGGCAUUCUUCCAGGGGUUGAACAAGAGCAAUCGAUAUGCUGUACUCUGGCGUGUGCAGACAGCAUCCCCUCAAGCUCGAGUCAAGCGGAUCCAGACUCUCGUGCAGAUGCUGGGGGAAGGCAAGCAACCAGGCGUGGGGACGAAGCCAGUUGACAAGCGCAAAAGGAAUGAUGGUACAGGCACAAAAAAUAGUGAUGGUUUAGAGGAUGAGCGCUCUAUCACUGAUAGUGAAGAAAAACAGCCUCGACGUCCGGGGCUCCGCCGAAGAAAAUAA